CUUUAUGAUCACUGCCUCAUUUCUUUGUCCACCUUGUAGCAGGAAACUCCCUCUUAUCUGAACUCCCCUUGACAAUAGCAGCACUGUUUUUCAUGUUUCCACUGUGAAGUCAGACCUGUGGAUAAGCAGCACGGCAGCCAUGAGCCAGACAGAGGAUCUGUUAAUCAUCUAUGAGACAGAGGCUGAGCAAUGGGCCACCUACCUGAAAUCAGUCUUCGCUGGCCCAGUCUCAGAGGCUGGGAUCUGUUGCUAUGACAUUGCGACAGUGUCCAGCCGGCGAGAUGACUUCCUCAGGCUGGCCCAGUAUACCUGCAAGCUCCUUAUCCUCUCCAAGGGCAUGCUGGAAGGUCUGUGCCAGAUGCGACGCUUCUUCUUGGCCCGUGUAUUGUAUCCUGCAACUAAUGUAGUGGUGCUGCUGUGUGGAGUGGAAAGCUUGGCCCCAUUCCUGGAGCUGGUACCCCUGAAAGGUGACAAGUGCCUGCAGAUCUCCAGUGAACAAGAUGCUCAUGAGUACCUGUCCGCUGUGACUGAUAUUGUGAAAAAAGGUGCAUCGGGAACUGUCCACCCUAUGACACAUAAACGAUCAGGAUCACAGGAAAACACGGGACAGACACCGCAACCUGGAGCCCACAGCGUCAGAUCCAGCAUUGUGGUCGUUCCUUCUAGAGUUCCAUGCGGGAGCUCUAUGGAGGUGUUCAUUCUUUUGAAAAACGAGGCAGCUGGCAGCAACACUGAGGUUGAAUUCACUGGUGAGAAUCAAAAGCUGAGAGUGAAGCCUGUCCGCUGGAAUGAGCGGAUCCUGUGCGUCAAUGCACCAGAUUUUCCAGCAGGAAAUGUAAGAGUGGCUGUGUAUAGCGAUGGAGUGCCACUGAGCAAGGCACAGUUGCAGUACUACAGCAACAUGGAGGAAAUAAGCUGUCUUCUGGCAAGGGUAGCAGACCCUGUGGAUUUCAUGUGUCAGGCUCUUCGCGAGUCUUCUGUGGAGAAGCUGGAUCAGAAGUUGUCCUCCAUGCUGUUGGAGGGCAUGCCCACUGGAGGAUUUCAGGGACUGCAGUGUGAAAGUGCAACCGAAAGAGAGAUCCGCCAUGCAGAUGUACCAUCACUGCUCCACUUCGCUGCCCAGUAUGGAUUCAAGAGUGUCUCGAGCCUGCUCCUGCAGUGUCCAGGUGCUGAGCGAGCGCUGCACACAGCCAAUCGCCACGGACAGACUCCCACUGAGAUUGCCAAGAGUCACGGACACACAGAGCUUCAUGUCCUAUUGAAGGAAACACUGAAUAUGUUCAACUCGGGCGAGGACAAUGGUGAUGCCAGCGUGUACGAAAUGAUGUGCACUGCAGGGACUCCCUCCACCACGCAUGCACAGAAAGAGCAAGGAGGAGGAGGAGGAGGAGGAGAUGGAGAUGGUGGAGAGGAGGAGGAUAUCUAUGCACCACUUGGGGAGAAUGACGAAUAUGACACCAUCCUGAAGUCAACAAAACCAGCUCCUAUUGCCAAUCGCCCACCAGCACCCACACCUCGACCCGAGGGCACCCCGGUGAAGGAGGACAGAACGCCUUACAUCACUAAAGUGUUCCAGAAGAAGAAGACACCUCAGGCGGACGGUGAUCUGUAUUCGCUUCCCACGAAACAAGCGCGCGGCCGGGAGGACGGAAUCUCUUCCACCUACGAUACCUUUGUGCCAAACCAGAUACACGGGCUUCAGCAGCUCAUUGAGCUCCAACAGAGGGUGAAGGCAGGUUCACUCACUGUGGACGAGGCCCUGGAGCGUUUCAGUGACUGGCAGAGGGUUCAGAAGGGCAUGGAUACCAUCCAGCAGGAGAAGUUGAGUCAGCUGAGAGCCAGUAUCAUCAACAACAGAGAGGAUGAUGACAGUGUCUACGAUAAAAUCAACAUCGUUCAUCAUACACCAAGUGUUACAGUGAAUGAAAAUCGGAGAGGAAGCCAAGAAGCUGAGUCUGAUUUUUACAGCAAGCCACUUAAAGGACAGCAUCAGUCAAGUUUCUUCUCGAAAGCUGACAAGCGAUGAAGGCUCCAUCACACAACAGAGACGAUAUUCUUCCACCAGUCAGAGACUAAAGAGUUACAUUCCACCAGCAGGUUGAAUCAGUUUAAACACAUGAUGUCAUUUCAAUUGUAUCAUUAACAAUGUUUUUCUAUUUUAAAGUAAUAAAAAGUAAGGCUUAGCAUUGAGUAAAAUCUACUGUUAUAGGAAAGGAAAGAAAAUUAUAUAUAUAUACACACAAUAUGUGUAACUUUAUUUUAACUUAAAAUAACUUUAUUUUGAAAAGCACAUUUCUUUUUUUAAGUAUGUUUUUGCCUCAAUU